UAAAAGAAGUAGAACGUAUAACAAUUGUAGAACUCAGAAGUGAACAUAUCAUUUGAAAAUGUACGUCUUAAUAAUUCUAUUCUUUUGUACAAAUUCCUUGGUCAAUGGUUUUGGCCUCCAUGGGUUUACAUUCAAGGGUUUAGAAGAGCCAACAUUAUUGGAUAAAGUUGCUAAAAAUGUACACGAGAAAUGGUUAAAUCAACCACUGGAUCAUUUUAAUCCUCGGAAUAAUAUAAUUUGGCAAAUGCGUUAUUACGAAAAUAAAGCCUUUUAUCAAGAAAAUGGACCGAUAUUGAUCAUGCUUGGUGGAGAAUGGGAAAUAAAACCUAAUUUCUUAACAAAUGGACUGAUGUUUGACAUUAGUGUUGCUCUUGAAGGUAUAAUGUAUUAUACCGAACAUCGAUAUUAUGGACAAAGUAAACCCACAAAGGAUGUCAGUGAAGAAAAUUUGCAAUAUUUGAACGUCGAUCAAGCAUUGGCUGACAUAGCUUAUUUUAUUGAAAAAGUGAAGAGAGAUCUUGGUAAUGAAAAUGCAACGGUGAUUGUUUUCGGUGGAUCCUACGCUGGUAAUAUGGCAACAUGGGCUAGAUUAAAAUAUCCUCACCUUAUUCAGGGUGCUGUGGCUAGCAGUGCACCGGUCCACGCAAAAAUGGAGUUUUAUGAAUAUUACGAAAUUGUGGAAAGGUCUCUUCGAAGAUAUGACGAACAAUGUGCAGUCGAUAUUAAAGCUGCAUUUGAUUCUGUAGAGACAUUGUUGAAAGAAGAUGGUGGUCCUGAGAAAUUGAAGACAUAUUUUAAUUUAUGCAAAGUACCGAACGUGAAAUCUUCCUAUGAUGUUGGUCAUCUUAUAAAUACUUUAACAGAGAAAUUUGCUAGUAUUGUCCAAUAUAAUAAAGUUCGGACGGAUAGUAAAUCGAGUAUUGGUGUUUGUUGUGACAACAUGAUAGCCACACAUUUAGGAUCACCACUUCAAAGAUUGGCUAGAUUAAUGAGUAAAAAUGACGAUAAAUGUUUAGAUGCUAGUUACGAACAAUUCAUAUCACAUUACAGGAAUGUAAGCUGGGAUUUAAAUAGUAUAUUAAGAUCGUGGUAUUUUCAAACGUGUACUGAGUAUGGUUAUUAUUCGACAACUAAUUACGAAAAUUCCAUUUUCGGAUCUCUCCUACCUUUGGAUUACUUCUUAAAUAUUUGCACUAACUUAUACGGAAAUUAUUACAAUGGUACUUAUUUGAAAAAGAGAGUAAUGCGAACGAAUUUAAUUUACGGUGGUUAUAAACCGGAUAUAAGUAAUGUCAUUUUUACAAAUGGCGAUGUUGAUCCUUGGCAUACGCUUUCCGUUUUAGAAGACUUGAACGAGUCUACACCAACUAUUAUUAUGAAAGGUAUAUCUCAUUGUCAAGAUUUUUUGGAGGAUUUUUCUACGGAUCCGUUAGAGCUUACCAAGGCAAGACAAAUGAUACGUCAAAUUGUUACCAAGUGGAUAACGAUGUAUUAAUUUAAUAGAUAAUUGAAUGAUACUUUAUUUUUAAGAAAAAAACUUCAAAAGUCCUUUUUACACCAACACAUUUUAUUUAUAAUUGUUUACAAAAACGAAAAACUUAUUUA